ACUUUGGCGGGUGUCGGUUUGUAGCUGUUACUUCGGGUAAAACAUUCUUUUUUUUUUUUUUUUUUAAACUGUUAAAAAACCAAAAAAUUAUAAUAAUAAAAAGACGGAAAAAGUGCGUCGUUAAAACCUGUGUUGACCCUUAUCCGUGUAAAAUUGUAAAAAAAAUAAAACUAUUCUUCUCUCCCCCCAACCCCUCAACAUUGAAACGGUGUAAGAUAUCAAACUGGAACUCAAAGAAGAAGCAUUGACAAACAAAUAACAACGGUAAUUGCUAUAUUUGUAUCUACUCGUCGACAUAGAUAUAAAAUGCAAUCACGCACAAGUUCAUUGCGACCGUCGUCUACGAAGCAAACAAAAAACAAAGAGUUGUGGAUAAGAGCUAUUCAUCGAAUUCACAGCGAGAAAAGAAAACGUUAUCAGCCAAACGACGCGCAGAGGACAGCAUCGGACUCGAACAUUACAAUAGAGACGUUCGACGGCAACACAGAUAACAACACAACGACCAUUUCGGGCAUUUCACAAAUUCCAGUCGAGUAUACGGAACCGGUGUUUAAAAAAGGAAGUGUAUACAAAGGAAUCUAUUGUCCGACGCUGACGAACAGCUUCAGAGAACCUAGUCUCGAACUAUCCUACCAAAGAUAUUCACACAGACAGCGGCAGAAGUCUUUAAUCAUCGUCAACUUUGUCGACUUGACACUCAAGGCGGUCCUAGCCGGUGUAUGGCUGUUGCCGUCCUACCAAGACCAUCCGUAUUCCAGUCAACAGAGAACCGUGUGGACUUGCCUGACCAUGUUGGCCAACCUAACGGUGUGCCUGCUCGGUUGGUGGAAGUGUUUCGCCAACAAUUACCUCCAAUGGGCGGCCGUGUUCACGUGGUGCUUUAUUAACAUUCAAGGAUUCGUCUGGGAGAGCUACGGCCAAGGAUCCAGGGAAUACCUCGUUUGGUACGUACUGUUCAUAGUGUUCGUCACUUAUGCCAUGCUACCCUUGCCGUUGCGAUGGUGCAUUCUUGCUGGUUGUUCGACGGCGCUGUUACACAUACUAAUCACGAGUUACACGAAAUCUUCAAAAGAAAAGAACGCUUUGUGUGUGGCUCGACAACUGACCGCUAUGGCCUUGCUGUACGCGGCCGUCAACUUUGCCGGGAUGUACACAAAGUAUUUGACGGAUAGGAGUCAAAGAAAGGCAUUUUUGGAAACACACAGAUCUACCGAGGCUCGGUUUAAAACGCAAAAAGAAAACGAACAACAAGAAAAACUUUUACUUUCCGUUUUGCCGGAUUUCGUUGCAAGGGAGAUCAUUAAAGACAUUGCUUCGGAGACGGACAAAGGCCCUUUUAUGCCAAAUCAAUUUCAUAGAAUUUACAUUCACCGUUACGAGAACGUCAGCAUCCUUUUCGCCGACAUAAAAGGGUUCACAGAGUGGGCGAGUCAUACUUGUGCACAGGAAUUAGUGAGAGUGUUGAACGAUUUAUUCGCCAACUUUGACAAACUGGCAGCAGAAAACCACUGUCUUCGCAUCAAACUCUUGGGCGAUUGUUAUUACUGCGUGUCCGGUCUUCCUCAGACCAGGCAGGACCAUGCCGUAUGCUGUGUAGAAAUGGGUUUGCACAUGAUAAACGCUAUAAAAGACGUGAGGAACAAGCUCAACGUCGAUUUGAACAUGCGAAUCGGCAUUCAUUCGGGGUCGGUCCUUUGUGGAGUUUUGGGUCUUAGAAAAUGGCAGUUCGACGUAUGGUCCUACGACGUGACCUUAGCUAAUCACUUGGAAUCCGGAGGAAUACCUGGGCGGGUGCACAUAUCCAAAGCGACUCUGGACUGCCUGGAAGAGGCGUACGACACGGAGCCGGGUCACGGUGAAAACAGAGACUCCUAUCUAAGGGACCACGGUAUCGAAACGUUCUUGAUCAAAGAACAAGAACCGUGUCGUGGGCAGAGGAAAUUUCAAAAAGUCACUAGUUGUAGACCUCGUCUGUGGUCGGAUGAGAAAUUAAGCAUAAACGCAAACACGCAUAAAUUAAUAUCGCCAAAAUUAGAAGAGUACAUCGACGACACCAAAGGCAACGAGUGGACACCUGAAAUACCGUUCGAGAAUCUAAACACCAGUGAUCAAGAAUUGGAAAACGACGACGGCGAAUGCGGCACGCCUAUUACCAUAGAAGGCGAUGUCGAACACGCCGAAGACAUCAUGGACCAUUGCAUUGAAGUCGAGAGCAACGAAAGGAUGAGGAAUGAAAAUAUUGAUCGGUGGACUUUGAGGUUUAAGCAGGCAGACAUAGAAAUUAAAUUUUGCCAAUUGCGCGAAGACAUGUUCAAGUCGAACAUGGCUUGUUGUUUCAUCAUAUGGCUGCUGGUCGUUUGCUGUCAGACAAUCAUGUUGCCCAGGUGUAUGAAACUACUGGUGGCGCUGGCUUUUACCACGGUAGUGCUCUGCGCCGCGUUGACUUUGGUCAUGGCCGAAGAGUUCAUGCACCUGCCGUCCGCCUUGCAAAGGAUGUCUUCGGUGCUCGUACAAAACCGGUUCAGGCGAACCAUGUUCAUUUGCGCUGUAGUCGGCCUCAUAUGUUUCUCUUCCACGCUGAGUCUGAUAUUCACACCGGACGAGCACAUGAUCCGCAAGAAAUCGUCCAAAAGCGAUUUCAAAAACGACGACCGGGACGCGAUCACGCUUGACGAUAAGGACGAAAACACAGACUGCGUUCAUCCGGAAUACCUGGUGUUCACUUGGGUGCUGUGCCUGAUAGCGCUGGCCACUACCCUGAAACUGUAUUUCCUCGUGAAAACCCUGCUGGCCUCGAUUAUGGUGGCGGUGUACACGGGGCUCACGUCCGUCGCCUAUCCUCAGGUGUUCACCCAGAACGACACCGACCACCGGACCAUGCCGCUGUCGUCGCAAAUGCUAGUGCUGUUGGUCGUGUUCCUGGUGCUGGUCGCGUACCACGCUCGGCUGGUGGAGGUCACGUCUCGCCUGGACUUCCUGUGGAAACGCGAGGCCGAACGGGAGCUGACGGAAAUGCGCGAGACCCGGUCGAACAACCGACAGCUGUUGCGCAACAUACUGCCGGACCACGUGGCCCAUCAUUUCCUGUCUUCCUCCCGCAGGCACACCACAGACGAGCUGUACUCGCAGUCAAUCGAUAAGGUCGGCGUCAUGUUCGCCAGUAUACCGAAUUUCACAGAAUUUUAUUCGGAGGACAUAAACAAAGGCAUGGAAUGCAUCAGGUUGCUAAACGAAAUCAUCGCCGACUUUGACGAACUGCUAUCGGAAACAAAGUUCGAAUCCAUUGAGAAGAUCAAGACCGUGGGCGCUAGUUACAUGGCCGCGUCCGGGCUCAAUCCCAUAGCAAAAGAAGGAGAAGACGAAUACGGUCAUUUGUGCGCCCUCGUAGACUUUGCGUUGGCAAUGAAACAGAGUUUGCAAGACGUUAACGUCCACUCGUUCAAUAACUUUCAGCUCAGAGUCGGUAUAAGCUGCGGCGCACUGGUGGGCGGUGUCAUUGGAGCCCGGAAACCCGUGUACGACAUUUGGGGAAACACGGUGAACGAGGCUUCCAGGAUGGAUUCCACGGGAGCCAUGGGCAGGAUACAAGUGCCGGAGAGCACGGCCAAGAUUCUGUUGGACAGAGGCUACGAGACCGAAUUCCGCGGGUCGAUCGCCGUCAAAGGCAAAGGCGAAAUGAGGACCCACUUCGUGCUGGGCAAGAAAGGAGCAGUGGCCAACAGCCUGAGCCGUCAGCCCAGUCAGAUCAGCAGCCUGGCCACGGUCGUGUACGGCAUGGUGCAGGCGCGCCGCCGGCAAAACACAGUAAAAAGACAUUUCCAUCAUGUUGGCAGCAAUCUGACGCGCACCAAGUCGCAGUAUCACCGCACGCAUCCCGGCCGGUUGGUGAACUUCAGCAGCUUCCGGGUGUCCAGCAGUCGGCCGCAGCAGAAUCACCAUCAACAACAACAACAACAACAACAACAGCGCCGCCUGCAACACUCGCACAGCAUAGCCCGGGCGGUGGUGGUAGUGGGCGGCAGUCGCCUGUUGACGGCGUCCACAUUCGACUCGGUACAACAACAGCCGCCCAAGCAGCAGACGGCCGUCAACGGCGGCAGAACGGUUACAAAACCUUUGCUACCGGUGGCGGCGGCCAACAAACAGCGGGCCACGUUGCGGUACUGCAAGUCCGUGUCGCCGAUAGCCGAGAAACCGCAGCAAAGCCCGCCCAGGUCGGUGUCCAUGAACCUGGCCAAAAACGCGGACAACGGCCGGUCGGCCAACCCGAGAUGAUGAACUGGCCGAUAUAUGUCUUGGUUCUUCGUCUUCUUCGUCUUCGUUUUACACAUUGUAUGAUAAUGUACUGUAUAUUAUGUGUACGGAGAUUGAACAGGUGUCUUGACCUGUUUGUUUUAACAGUUGGUACACGUGCUGCGUUCCUUCGACGAAAAAAUGUAAAUAAUGAGAAAUUAAAAAAAAAAGGAGACACGUUGACGGCCGUUAUAAACGUGUCUAAAUGUCCAUUAAUAUGCAUAGUGAAUAAUAUUGUAUAAUGUGUUUAUUAAAUUGAUGAAAAGUACAAAAUCCAACUAGGGAAAUAGUUCGAAAUAGAAAAAUUAUCUUUUAUGAGUACGGCUGUUUAGUAAAAAUGAUAAAAUGUUUAUAGGUAAUAUUUGAAAAAAAUUGGUUUGAUGACAAAUUUUAGUCAUGUGUACCUACUUGGAAUUAGUUUGCGCACGUUUUUUUUAAACAUAUUUUUCUUUGAGCUAGAGCAAAUGUUCAUAAACUUGUUUUAAAAGAACAAUCCGAUUUUGUAUGUUAAUUAUUAAAUUAAUCAAAUACAUUAAAAACACAAAAAAAACGACAACACUCGACGGCAGUGCAAAAACGACUCUCUGUAUAAUUAUUAAUAAUGUUGUACACUGGCCCUGGUCACUGCUGGACCAGUGUUGCCAACCCUAACAUUGUUAACCUAACCUAACCUAUGGUAACAAUAAAUAACAAUUUUGAAUCUAGUUUUUCCUAUGCAAAGUGUUUGUUGGGUGCUAAGUAUUCUCAGAUUUUUUUCCUUCAAAUAUUCAACAACUAAAAUUCAAUAUAAAGUAUCAUGUUUAAUAAAAAAACAAAUGAAUUACCAACCUACAAAGGACUCUUCAUUACUACAAGUACUAAUAAAACUACAUUCUAAUUGUAUUUUUUAAUUAACAUUCAGAUCUGAUCUAUAAAUUUUCCCAAUUCUAAUCUCUAAUAAAGUGUUUAAAAUAUGAGAGUGUCAUAUCUAAUCAUUGAAUAUUUUAUUGAACUAACAAAACGUAUAAGCGAGUGCCCCCAAACAAUUAACAUAUUACACUUAAGCUGAAACACAGAUUUAAUAGUAUUGAUCAACAUUUCUGGCGUUAAGCACAAUAUUCUGGAUCUCUCACAACUUAUUUUCUAUUAAGUUUACAUUUAAAAAUAUUUAUUUACAAAAAAAACAUGUCAAUAACUUUCUCGUUUUAAUUUAGUUUCAACAACUCGAGUAGGUCAACUAAUGUAUUAUAAUACAACCCAAUAGCAAAACCCUUCAUUUACCAUUAGAGAUUAUUUUUGAAAAACAAUCAAAUUAAUUACUAAUUAUAAUAAUUACAAUUAUUGUUAAUUGUAUUGUAAUUGACUAACUACAAAUUGCCAAAUUUUAGGGGCUUGUUGCAAAAUCAUUAUAUAAAUAUUGUAUAUAUUAUUGUUAUUGGGUUUUUUUUCCUAUAAAUAUCUAUAGAUUUUUAACGUGGAUUUUUCAACGGCUUAUCGUAACACAAGACCGGCCAAAAAAAACUAUGUGUACUCUCGUCAUUUUAUUUUUCUUAACUGUACAUUUCUGUGAAUAACAAUUAUAUACUUGUAAAAUAUUAAAAUCAACUUGUCGAGUUUAUUAUAAAUGUUUUUUUCUUACUUAAUGAUGAGAAUCAUGUCCUCGAUAUAUUUUUGUAGACCGACCAAAAAAAAAAUGUACUAUCUAUUUUAGUUACCAUAUUGAACAUUUUCAACUGAAUAUACGUGUACUAUUUCACACGCUACUCUGUAAACGUCGUUAAAAUUAUUUAUAUUUCAGAGAACUUUCAUAGUUUGUUAGUUUAUUUCAUAUUUGUCUACAAUUAUUACAAUAAUUUAUACUUUUACCAUUACGUUAUGUUAAGUGUUUUGUUUAUAUAUAAUUGUCU